AAAAAAAUUGAAUUGCAAAGCACGCCCCUGUCUAAAACCCUAAUUUAGGGCCAAAUACCCUACUGGUCUGAGUUCCGAGUCGAUAUGAAUCGGAUCAGAAGGGGUUGAUUCUGUGAUUCUCUACCCUGACAAACAGAAAGAGGGUUAGGUUUUUGAUUGGAAGCGCAGCAAACACUUGUACCGACAUAAGGUUCAUUUCACCGCUGUUACCAUCUGAUCUCUUCUCUUUCUUUACCCAAGUAGCAAUGGCUGCUACUGCUACUUCUUUUCAAGCACUCAUCCAACCCUACAGCAAUUACCUCUCUUCCUCUUCAUUGUUUCCUUCUUCUACUUCAUGCAUUGCUUCUCCUUCUUCUUUAUUAAAACCUAAAAUUAUUUGUUCCUCUUCUUCUUCUUCUUCUGCAUCUCCUCUUACUGUUGUUAAUGGAAACGUUGAGAGAAGCAGUGUCGUUCCAGAUAGGAAAGAAAUUCGUCUUGGUUUACCAAGUAAAGGUCGCAUGGCUUCUGAAACCCUUGAUCUUCUUAAGGACUGUCAACUCUCUGUCCGUCAAGUAAAUCCUCGACAGUAUGUAGCUGAAAUUCCACUGCUCUCAAAUUUGGAAGUCUGGUUCCAGCGGCAAAAAGAUAUUGUUCGCAAAAUUCUCACAGGAGAUCUAGACCUUGGAAUUGUAGGUUUGGAUACGGUCACGGAAUUUGGACAGGGAAAUGACGACUUAAUCUUAGUUCAUGAUGCACUUGACUAUGGGCAAUGUCAUUUAUCUAUUGCAAUACCUAAAUAUGGGAUUUUUGAGAAUAUAAAUUCACUGGAAGAGCUAGCCCGGAUGCCACAAUGGACCAAAGAGAAACCUCUACGGGUCGCCACAGGUUUUACCUAUCUAGGCCCGAAAUUUAUGGAGGAAAAAGGGUUGAAGCAUGUGACUUUCUCAACUGCUGAUGGAGCACUUGAGGCAGCACCUGCGAUGGGAAUAGCAGAUUGCAUUUUAGACCUUGUGAGCAGUGGGACAACACUGCGUGAAAAUAACUUGAAAGAAAUUGACGGUGGAGUUGUCUUGCAAAGCCAGGCUGUCCUUGUUGCAAGCAGAAAAUCUCUAAUACAGCGUGAGGGUAUUUUAGAAACUACUCAUGAAAUUCUUGAGAGACUAGAAGCACAUUUGAAGGCAGCUGGUCAGUUCUGCGUUACGGCAAAUAUGAGGGGUAGUAGCAUGGAGGAGGUAGCUGAGAGAAUCCUUAGUCAGCCAUCAUUAUCUGGGUUGCAGGGCCCCACAAUAAGUCCAGUUUUUUGCAAACGGGAUGGGAAGGUUUCACCUGACUAUUAUGCAAUCGUGAUAUGUGUUCCCAAGAAAGCACUCUAUAAAUCUGUUCAGCAGCUUAGAGCGAUCGGAGGAAGUGGAGUUCUGGUUUCUCCUUUGACAUACAUUUUUGAUGAAGAGACUCCAAAGUGGCGUGAUCUUCUUCAAAAGCUUGGGCUUUAGAUUUCAUCACGAGGUAAUAGAAAUGUAGCCUGGUGCAACUGUGAAGUCGGUCUUCCUUUACCAGAUCAAAAAUGUACAAUCUGUUCAAAGAAGAAAACUUCAAGCCUUCUUCACUGGAGAGAAGUGGCUAGUUAAUUGGAUGACCAAAUAUGUACCGAGUGCUUGCAGCAAUGCAACAUCUAUCUGGAGAGACUCCACAGCUCGUGUUUUGUUUUUCUCUUUCUUUUCUUCGCAUUGCGUCUUUUGUUUUUAAGUAUUCUUGGUUUGGUGUUGCCUGUUAUGCUGAAAAAUGGUUUUUGCAGUUAAGUGUUGACUUGAAUGUUUGGGACAUGAUUGUUUAUUUUUUCCUCCGGAAUAAGACUUUAUCAAAUGAUAAUCAUGUACAAUUUGUGGUGA